CUUGAGCGACGCAUUUUACCUCUGUUCGUGCGUCAAACGGCAAAAUCAGAGCUCAGUCUGCUUGGUAAACUGCUUUCGAAUACUCGUACUUUUAACUUUUCGGACGCGUCAUAAUUUAAUAAGAUUACAAUCGAACAUUUAAAAUUUGAAGCCUUAAAUAUUUUUUUCUUCGUCGUACUAAAUUGUCAGUCAUUUAAAAUGUCAGUCAUAGAAUGAAACUACCGAGUAACACUAAAGGGGUUAAUUUAUGUAACUAAGUAUGCAACAAGUGUAUUCGGAAAAGUCAAUUAUCAGUCAGAUGUUGUGCCUACUUUUAGUCAGCUACGUUAUUUUGCCAUGCACUUGGGCUGCGCCACAUCUACUCACCAGUUAUUUGCCAGCUUCCAUGCAAGCGCUCGCUUACUAUAUCGACUAUUUGCAGUACGAGCCAAUAUCAUCGACCACUGUCGAACCACCGUUUAGAGUGAACGAUGAUGAAUUAACUAAUAUAUUUAAUGCUUCACCUACGUCCACACCGCUACCAAUGCGUACAACAACCAUUACGUUAUCCACAAAUAAGCAUCCAUCUACCUGGCUCUCAACAACUAGCCGACCAACUUGGUUCAGCACUACCAGCAGACCGUCACAAGGUGUUAGUACCACGGGUUCUGGCUGGUGGAAACCGCCUAUUUGGUGGCAUCCUACAACAGCAGCUACUACAAAACCUACAGUGCCGCCMACACCCACACACAGACCCGGUUUGUAUGCACCCAUAAAAUCGCCACUAAUCAAGCCGCAAACUGAAAAACUCGUCGGUUAUGAGGUAUUUGACGAAAUUGGUGAUAACACUGAAGGUUUCGACAAAUUGACAUUGGCACUGAUACGCGAUAUACAAACAGAGGCAGAACAUGAUGAAUUUACCAAUGAUGUAGAGUCUUUGGAUAACUUUUUGCGCCUUUACGAUGACAACUACGGACGAGCCGCAUUCGAUAGCGACAAUGCUGUGGAUCGUUGGUCAACCACGUCGACUGCAGGUAAAAAACGUGUACCGCCAACCAAACCAUACGUAGAAUUUUUAUUGGUUUAUGAUUUGCUAAAACGCGAUGCAAAAGCCGCUAACCUCAGCAAAUACGAGGGCUAUUCGGAAGAAUUGUUAAGGGACUUACACGAUUUAUCCAGUGCUUCGGCGGAGCGUCAACUGUAUACGCUUUUCAAGCGUAUGAUCGAUCGCGGUGAUGUACAACGUAGUGACGUCGUCUCUCGUUUACAAGGAAUAAUGAAGGAUUUAGCUAACCCCCAAAGUGUCACUGCAAAGGAGUUGCGCUACAUUCCAGCCAUGCCAUUUGUGCCUUGAUUGUCAAGUGCGGAACAUUAAUUAAUAAUUCAAUAAAAUUAAUAAAUUUGCCUAAAGGAAUAUUGGCUGUAUACCUAUGUAUAUGAGUUUAAAGUUAAAGUUAUUAUAUGGAAUAUAAUUAUUUUUAUUUAGAAAAGGUAUUUUAGCGUUUAAACUGCAUGAAUGUAUCUUAUAAAAAUCCACAUACCGUCUGCAGGGGUAUUGCCCUCUAAAUAGAAAUUUKCUUACGAUGUAAAGGUCAGCCCAACAGGGGCUAUUUAUUAUUGUUUGAGAUUUUAGUUUGGAAAUAUCCUUUUACAACAUUCCAAACUAUCAGUACUAGUUUUCUGGGCCAGAUUCGGCUUGUAUAUAUACAUUCUUACAUUGCUUUUUGAUUUAAAUAUUAUCCUUUGUUGGCUGAGGAUUAGUUUAUACUCAAAAUAAAAUUUGACUUGGUGCAUAUAAAAUACAAAUCGAAGUUGAUAAA